CGUGAACGCGACUCCAACUCUCUGUCCGCCUGCGGAGAGACGGUUCGAACCGAGAGGAACUUUGGCCUUUUUUUCCCCCUUCUCCUUUUCAUUUAGCGUUACGCCCACAAACACUUGUGUUAGUCGGCUCCCGCCUCCGCCGUGACCCUCCUCUUCCUCCUCCUCCUCCUCCUCCUCCUUCCAGGUCAACAUCACCUGUUAGGCGCGCGCCGCUCUGUCAGAUUUCCCUGGAGGUGGAUUGCAUUUGACUCACGUGAAGAUAAAGAACCCGGCAGGAAAUAUCCACAACCCACGGUAAAAAAUAAAAUAACAGAGAAGAACAGUCGAGGGAACCUUAACGCGACUCUGACGUCAUUGACUUCAAAGUGAAAGCGCUUUAAUAAUAAAGUUCGCCGCGGUUCUCUUUGCCGCGUCGCUUCCGUUUGAUGUCGCCCGGGGUUCCGCUACAAUGUGUUGAACCGGAGGACGGAGAGAGCGGCCGCGUCGCAGAUAUGCCCCAACAUGACGUGGAGAGCACCAGGAGCCCGUGGAAGCAGGGCCUUCGGCCGCCGUGGAUGACCAGAUUGGCCGGGGUUCAGAGCCCCGCCUCCUCGGGGGCGGAGUCUGACACGGAGAGCAGCAGCACGGAGAGUGAGAGGUCCUGCGUUAAGAAGCUGGAGGGGGGCUCGCUGAGGUACCUGCCGUCGCCCUCAAUGCUCCAACGCCGGAUCACUGAGAUUGACCAACAGAAGGAGGAACUAAAGAUCGAAAUGCAGCUGGAGAUCUCCCUGCUGCAGGGGGAGCUGCAGACGGAGCAGAGCCAGCUGCACAGACACACGCAGAAGCUGCAAGCUCUACAGCAGGAGGCCAGACAGAAGGAGAGCCACAGACACACGGACAGACACACGGACAGACACACGGACAGACACACGGACAGACACAAGGAGCGGGAGAGUCUGGAGGAGGAAAGGCGAAGGCUCGAGGGGCUGAAGGGGAGGUGUGAUGAGAAGGAGAAACUGAUCUCCAGCCAGCCAGAGGGCCAGAGAGAGCAGCUAGCGCUGCAGCUGCAGCAGGAAAGAGAGGCGAUGGAAGCGGCAAUGCGAGCCUUCGAAGACUGGGAGUUUCGAGUUCUGGAACAAGAGAGCGGCCUCGACGAGGAGGACGCCAGCACGGCGGACAGAAACAAGGAGGGGGGGGAGAGCGGCGGGGACGUGGAGAAGGAAAUGUCUCGUCAGCAGCACGCGAUCAACACCGCGCAGGAGCGAGUGCAGCAGUUCCAGAGUCAGCUGAAGGAGAUGGAGAGGGAGAAGGAGAGGGAGCUGAACGCCUUGAGGAAGGAGAGGAGAGAUCUCGUCCACACGAAUCAAACUGUUCUCAAAGAGAAGAAGCCACUCGCUGAUUGGUCCAACAUCACUGGCUCGGCCCCCUGCAUGAUGUCACUUUCCCCUCUCACCAUUCACAAGCCUCCUCAGGAACCGUGCAAAGCAUCGGGCAGCCUGCCCAGAAGACGGAGCUCUCAUCGCAGCAGCAGAGCCAGCGACCGGCCGGUGUCAGCGCAUGGGUCGGCGAGGACGCUUCCGGACAGCCAGAGCCCAGAUGUCUUCUCCUCCCCCCCCGCCUCCCACAGGCUCAGCAACGGGCACGCCGUCGCCCACAGACACGUGAACGGCGGCGGCUUCCUGACUCCGUGCAACAGCACGACCGGCUCCCGCGCCGCCAGCCCGUCUCUGAUGGAUCUCGUGGAGAUCGAGAAGAAGCUGAGGGAAGCCAAGGCGGAGAGAGAGCGGCUGCUCAGAGAGAGGGAAGAGCGGCGCUGGUUGCUGUUGGAGGAGAGAAAGCAGAAAGAGCAAAACUCUCCCAUCAAAGAACCAGAGGAGCAGGUGACCCCACAAAGGCUUGAGCUGGAUCCAGAGCCAAAGGAGCAACCGAAGGCCGGUUCUCCCCCAAAGUCCCCGGAGAAAGCCCUCCGGCCGCACGGCCUGCCACUCUUCCUCUCCCCCAACUUCGACCUCCGCGCCCACGUGGAGUCGCUGGGUCACGGGGUGUCCGGCUGCGUGGACCUGCGGCUGACGCCCCGGCGCUGCGCCGGCUUUCUGACCAAGCGCGGGGGGCGGGUUAAGACCUGGAAAAAGAGAUGGUUCCUGUUUGACAUGGACCACAAACGACUCGCCUACUACACAGAUUGCGACGAGAGGAAGCUGAAGGGAGUCAUCUACUUCCAGGCCAUAGAAGAGGUUUACCUCGACCAUCUACGAACGGCCACUUCUUCCCCGCGACCCAGUCUGACGUUCUGCGUGAAGACAUACGACCGUCUUUUCUUUCUGGUGGCCACCAAUCCAAUGGCCAUGCGGAUUUGGAUGGAUGUCGUUGUCACGGCAACAGACGAGCACAGCCGCUACUGACCCAGAGCAAGAGUGACUCAGUGAAAAAGGAAGAAAAAAAAAGACGACGCCACAGAGCGGACAAUACCAGUUAAGCCGGUCCAAGCUGAGAUUGGGCGGGGAGGGGAUUCUGUAACCGCACUGAUGAAUCCUGGGAAACGUGUGAGACGCCGUGGUUCGAGAUGCCGGACAGUUUGGGGAACGGGGGCUUGAUGCCGGACUGGCUGAGUUGCUGCACACUGGGAGUCUGUUACUGGGAAGCGUCACUUUGAGCCCCAUAGCUCUCGCUGCUGGUCACAGGGCUGGUGUAGCACGACACCGCAACGGGGUGACACAAUGGUUGCAACAUUGUUCAAUAUAAUGCAAUCCAAAACCUAACCACCCUUUUUUUGUUAUUUUGUGUUGGAUUGUUUUUAUAUUAUCGGGUGUUUCCACUGAUAUGUCCGUAGAGUGUAUUGAUGUUUUCAUAAAUGACAUUUUUAUGAUUUAAAUUAUUAUAUAGAACUUUAUAUGGGUUUGAUAUGCAAAUAAAUGAAGACAUGCAGUUAUGAAUGCACUAUUAAAUGUUGAUUCAUAAAAGGUUUUGCUCUAAUCACUUUUUUUUAAUGUAAAUAUUUAUUGAGAUGAGAUGAGAUUUUUGUUUUCCAUCUUUCAUGCAUUCAUCAUGGAUUCAUAUAAGAUUACGGUUAAUUAAAUCUACUAGUUAUUGGUUCA